AUGGUGCAGCAGAACGACGAGCCUCUGCCGCAUGAUGCGGCGGUAGCAGACAAAGACCUUCUCUUCUACUAUGACAAACUGUUCCCCUUCGGCGAGCUCUCGAAGUGGCUGACGUACAAAAACUCUCCGCAUUUGCCAGAGACUGAAACAAACGACCCGCUCUUCCUCGCGAAACGCGAAGUCUGCUUCACGUGCCGCAAGCCGGGCGGCGUCGACAGCGGCGAGGAAUUCUUCCUCAGAUGGCAGUCUUUCAGGACUGUCGAGGAGAUGAAGGAGCGGCUGAAGGACAUGUCGUCGCUGGUCUGCUUCAAGUUCGAUUUCGGCGCAGUGUACUCUGUGCCUGUCUCUGAGAAAGACACCUUUCAGACAGCCUUCAAACCCGAGCAGAAAGAGUUGGUCUUCGAUAUCGAUAUGAACGACUACGACGACAUCCGCACGUGCUGCACCGACAAGCGCGUAUGCCAGAAGUGCUGGGCAUUUUUGGAUGUGGCGAUCUCCCUGCUGGACACUGCGCUGCGAGAGGAUUUCGGAUUCGAAAACAUUCUCUGGGUUUACUCCGGUCGUCGUGGAGUUCACUGCUGGGUCUGCGACUCUUCUGCGAGGCUGCUGCCGACCGACGGCCGUGCGCAGCUCUGCGAAUACCUCAACCUUUGCACGGGAACGAACCAGCAGAUGAAGGUGGUGAUGCUGCGCGGCGGCCGCGUGCAGCCCUAUUUCGUCGACCGCGCCUUCAGUCUGGCGUAUCAGCGCUUUCACAAGCUGCUGGUGGAGCAGGACUUCUUCGCGAGCGACGCGCCGCUUGCGGCGACCUCAUCUGAGUUCGCGGAGGACACCAGAGGGCAGCGUCACUAUCAGAAGUUGUUGAAUUACUUGCCAGACUUGGCGGACGGCGCGGGCGCUAACUCCGGGCGCACCAACUGGAAGACCUCCAAGCCCGAGAGGCGCGGCGCGGAGAGCUCUGCUUCGCCCUUCGCAGUGGCGAAGUCGCACAUGCAUGCGUGGAUCAAGCGCCGGCUGUCGAGCGAGAAGAAGCGAUUCUCCUCCGAGGAGCUCUUCAACGAGCUCUGCGCCGUCGCCGGAUGCCCCCCCCCGAGGGACUUCCGCGGCGGCGUCGAAGACGUGAAGAAAAUUCCCUCCUUCAUCAAGGAAAUCGUGCUGGCCUACUCCUACCCCAGACUUGAUAUCAAUGUCAGCAAGGACAUCGGCCAUCUUCUCAAGUCCCCCUUCUGCGUUCAUCACGGCACAGGACGAAUUUGCGUGCCUCUGGACGUCGAGAGUAACCCGAGGGGCGGCGUCGCCAGCAGCUCGGGGUUCGAUCCCGCGCGCGUACCGACUUUGACACUCCUGCGGCGGCAGUUUGAUGAUCCUGCCCGCGCGCAUCUGCCGCCGCACCAGCGGACGUCGCUCGCGCCCUACGUCGAGUUUUUCCGCGACAGAUUUCUCCACGGCCUCCUCAAAGCGGUGACUGAAGAAAUGCAGUAUGUUAAGAAGUUGCUCGGCGGCCUCGACGCUCAGGUGGAACCUGAGUCGUGUUUCUGA